AUGCGUAAGCCCGUUGAAAGUUUUGGUAGGGCCUUAAUACGCAUGUCAUGGUCCAAAAAAAAUCUUUAUAUAAUGCAUAGUAGAGGUUCUCGUCCACCACGUUUGCAAAACCGUUCUCUCUUUCAACAAAAAUGGCAAGCAAAAAAGGACACGAGAGCUUAUCACGGUGCACAACUUAACGAACGACAGUUUCGUCGUCUAUUUGAACCUCGUUUACCUACUACCAAUAUUCGAAUUACUCGUGAUAAAGCUAUUACAGAAGGUAAACAUCCACAUGUUUCAGUUUUAACAUAUGCGUGUUUGGAGAGACGAUUGGAUUUUAUUGUGUUUAGAAGUUGUUUUGCUCCAAGUAUAUGGGCUGCUAGACAAUUGGUUGUUCAUGGAAAAAUUACUGUAAACGGAAAGAAGGUAUCCGAGCCAUCACAUUUAGCAUCUGAUGGUGAUCUUAUUAGUGUAGACCCAAAAGCUAUUUCUCUUCUUUCUGAACCUUCAACUGAAAAAGGACUCACCUUUAAACCAAGACCUUACAUGCAACCAUUUUUAUUCAUCCCCGAGUAUUUGGAAGUCAAUUUCAACACGUGUUCUACCGUGUUUUUGCGAAGCCCUAUUUCGAGGCCGGGACGUACUGAAAUCCCAUCACCAUUUCCGCCUGAAUUUCAUUCAUUAGCUCAUGAAUUUUAUGCAGAGAGAAGUAAGAAAAAGAGAGGAAGACGACAGAAACGUUUAUUACCUAUUGAAGAUCGGUUUAAAAUUGAUUAA